AUGGAUUUACCUAAUAAAAAUGGUUCAUUUGCAACUCUAAAAAUUCCUAAUAAUAUGACUGAUAUAAUAAAUGAAAAAGUUAGCACCUUAUCUUUUGGAUUACCAAUAUUUACGCUACCUGGUAUAUAUAACUAUGAAAUAUCUGAUUAUAUAUAUGAAAAUCCUCAUAAAGUUCAGAUUGCAGGGAUUGCAAUGCUAUUUCACAAUGUAUCAUUCUGUAAUAUCCCAAAAUAUGAAGCUACUAUCCUAGCUUUAAAAAUAUUAUCAACAGUUCACAGAUUAAUGGACUGUAUACCACAUAUUAUCCAGCUAACAAACUUUCCCCCAUCAUCAAUAGAGCAGCAGUUUUACUGCAAUCAGAGUAUUCUACAAAUUCAUGUUAGGUUAUAUACACGUAAUGUUAAAACAAGCCUUAAAAAUAUUCAAAAAGAAUUAUUAAAUACCGAAUAUAUGUUAAAUAAUGUAAUGUUUCGACCUCUAAUUCUAAUGAAUACGGUGAAUAUUGUAGAUUUACCAAUUUUAUUAAUAAAAGAGGUUAAUAAACAAUUAACUCUACAAGAAAUUUCAAUAAGUGGAAGAAAUAAUAAUUCAACCUGUAUUUCAUAUGAAAAUACUCAAUAUUCUGAUUUGGUGAUAUAUAAUAGAUCAUAUGAAGUUGAUUAUGAAAAUGGAUUUAUGGAUUUUAAUGAUAAAAUAUUAAAAGUAAUUUCAAGCAAGGAAUAUAUACCUCUAUAUUUUUUACCAAGACCAAUAUCUAAUACAAACAAAUUUGGAGAAUCUGUACUUGUGAGACAUCCCUCAAAUGAAAAUAGUGAUAGUUUAAUACAAAAAAUUUAUCAGAAUUUUGGAGAAAAAUGUUUAUUGAUACCUUGUUUAUUUUUAAAUGAAAGAUCAAAUAAUACAUUAACUAUUGAAAAUUCAUUAAAGAAUACAACAGAUAUAUUAAAUGAAGUAGAUAUACCACCAAGAAAUUUUACUUUAAUCUUUGAGUUUCCAGAUCAUGAUUAUUGUAUGGAUGUAUCUCAAGAUUUUAGGAAAUUUGCUCAAUCAUUAAAAAAUUUCAUAUCAGUUUCUCUUUCUAUAAAACCUAGUGAUGUAAGGAUUUUACCUACACCAAUACCAAUGAAUAUAACAGCUGCAGAAUCAUGUACAAAAAUUACACCUAUUAUACAUACUGGGACUAUUGCAUUUGUAGAAAUCUUAACUAAUGAUAUAUAUAGUUCUAUUGAUAAAUUAAAUAGACCUUAUCAUAAACGUUAUAAAAACCCCCUUGGGACAUUAUUUGGAAGAUUUAAUAUUUCUGUUAAUCCUAAAGAAUUAAUACAAUUACCAUAUACUAAAGAUUUUAAUAUUACUUCAACUAGUUUAUCAUCAAUCAUAUUUGCAUCAAAUCAUCAAAUAAUACCCAUAACAUUAUUAAUUCCCCAAAAGGAUGAAAUAGAAGAAGAUAAAAUAAUCCCAAAAUAUAUUUUAAUAUUACUAAAAUCAUUUCGUGAAAUAUCUUUGGUACCAAUUGUUAUUAAUUACAAAUCUAUAUAUAUUGUCACAUUAGGGUAA